CCUCCAUGGCUGAUGGUGGUGGUGUUUGUAUCUCAUCUAACCCGGUACCAUUAGAGAAGGUUGGAUAUCACCUUUGUACAGAAGCUUGGGUCGCAACUUUUCACAGCCAGUCACUUCUUGUGGCCCUUGGAUCCAUUCAGUUUGUAUCUAAUACAUACUUUGUCUUGAACAAGACAGUGAUGAGCAAGGUACUGGUCGCUACAACUUUUGUUGUUCUUGGCAACAUCUUCCUCGUUGCUUUUGGCAACCACCAGUCACUUGGUAUUGGACUUACACUUGUCAUUUGGAAUUAAUAUAUGUUGUUUGCAUUUGCAUACUUAGCAUUCUGGAGGAGGAUUCAUUGUUCUAUAACUUCUGAGUUGGUUUCUCCUCACUGCCACUGUACUAAGGCCGAGAUUUGGAUCAUUUUGGAGGAUUCAUUGUUCCAUAACUUCUGGGUUGGUUUCUGCUCACUGCCACUGUACAAUGGCCGAGAUUUGGAUGCGCAAGUGUAUUGAAUUGGGAACAUUCAGCUUAAACACUAGGAAAUGACCGGAUUGUAUUGGGAUUGCCAUUUGGAGCUCAAUCUCUCACCAUUAAUGCUAAUGUAGUUAGAGUUUGGACCUUUUUCCAAUGUUUAGACUAAUUUAUUGCAAUAGAGUUUCAUAGUGCAUCCAAUAAAAAAAGGGAAAAGAAGAGGGAGGGAGGGUAAAAAUCAAAGAAGAAACAAAUUAAAAUCUCUUGAGUACAUGGAAGGAAAUUACCAAAUUUUAAUGGCAUUGCCAAAUAUUCAUAAUGAGGUAGAUCCCUCAAAUUAUGGCUAAGUUCCAUUCAAGU